GUCGAUCCAGAGCGCGGCUGCAGGGCGGCGGGCUGCAGCUAGCAGAGCGCGCCGACCCGGGGAGGCGGUGGUGUCCGCAGGCGUCGCGUGAGGAGGCUCGGAGCCCAGAGACUCGCGCAGCGCGAUGGCCCCCAUUGGCCUCAAAGCGGUGGUCGGAGAGAAGAUCAUGCAUGAUGUGAUAAAGAAGGUAAAGAAGAAGGGAGAGUGGAAGGUGCUGGUGGUGGAUCAGCUGAGCAUGAGGAUGCUUUCCUCCUGCUGUAAGAUGACGGACAUCAUGACCGAGGGGAUAACAAUUGUGGAAGACAUCAACAAGCGCCGAGAGCCUCUCCCCAGCCUGGAAGCUGUGUAUCUCAUCACUCCCUCUGAGAAGUCUGUCCACUCGCUCAUCAGCGACUUUAAGGACCCACCAACUGCCAAGUACCGGGCUGCGCACGUCUUCUUCACUGACUCUUGUCCAGACGCCCUGUUUAACGAGCUGGUAAAAUCUCGAGCAGCCAAAGUCAUCAGAACUCUGACGGAAAUCAACAUUGCAUUUCUCCCAUAUGAAUCCCAGGUGUAUUCCUUGGACUCUGCUGACUCUUUCCAAAGCUUCUACAGUCCCCACAAGGCUCAGAUGAAGAAUCCGAUCCUGGAGCGCCUGGCGGAGCAGAUCGCAACUCUGUGCGCCACCCUGAAGGAGUACCCGGCCGUGCGGUAUCGGGGGGAAUACAAGGACAAUGCUUUGCUGGCUCAGCUAAUCCAGGACAAGCUCGACGCAUACAAAGCCGAUGACCCGACAAUGGGGGAGGGCCCAGACAAGGCACGCUCCCAGCUCCUGAUCCUGGACCGCGGUUUCGACCCCAGUUCCCCCGUCCUUCAUGAACUGACUUUUCAGGCUAUGAGUUACGACCUGCUGCCUAUUGAAAAUGAUGUAUACAAGUAUGAGACGAGUGGCAUCGGAGAGGCGAGGGUGAAGGAAGUGCUCCUGGACGAGGAUGACGACCUCUGGAUAGCGCUGCGCCACAAGCACAUCGCGGAGGUGUCCCAGGAAGUCACCCGUUCUCUGAAGGAUUUUUCUUCCAGCAAGAGAAUGAAUACUGGAGAGAAGACCACCAUGCGGGACCUGUCCCAGAUGCUGAAGAAAAUGCCCCAGUACCAGAAAGAGCUCAGCAAGUACUCGACCCACCUGCACCUUGCCGAGGACUGCAUGAAGCAUUACCAAGGCACCGUGGACAAACUCUGCCGGGUGGAACAGGACCUGGCGAUGGGCACGGAUGCUGAAGGGGAGAAGAUCAAGGACCCCAUGAGAGCCAUUGUUCCCAUUCUGCUGGACGCAAAUGUCAGCACCUACGACAAAAUCCGCAUCAUCCUUCUCUACAUCUUUUUGAAGAACGGCAUCACCGAGGAAAACCUGAACAAGCUGAUCCAGCACGCCCAGAUCCCGCCGGAGGACAGUGAGAUCAUCACCAACAUGGCCCACCUGGGGGUGCCCAUCGUCGCGGACUCCACGCUGCGCCGCAGGAGCAAACCGGAGCGGAAAGAGCGCAUCAGCGAGCAGACCUACCAGCUGUCACGAUGGACCCCGAUCAUCAAAGACAUCAUGGAGGACACCAUUGAAGACAGACUUGACACCAAGCACUACCCGUACAUCUCCACCCGCUCCUCUGCCUCCUUCAGCACCACCGCGGUCAGCGCCCGCUACGGACACUGGCAUAAGAAUAAGGCCCCAGGGGAGUACCGCAGUGGUCCUCGCCUCAUCAUCUUCAUCCUGGGGGGCGUGAGUCUGAAUGAGAUGCGUUGUGCUUACGAGGUGACCCAAGCCAACGGAAAGUGGGAAGUGCUCAUAGGAUCCACGCACAUUCUCACCCCACAGAAACUGCUGGACACGCUGAAGAAACUGAAUAAAACAGAUGAAGAAAUAAGCAGUUAAAAAA